AUGAUUAAAGUGGUUGCUCAAGGUGUUGAAUAUGGGAUGGCGGUGCAUGAAAUUUCAAAUUGGGAACCAAAUAUUAAAGAGGAAGGAGAAAUAGGGUCGGACAUUCCGGACCUGUCAGGGGGAGAGGAAGAAGAUGCUUGUUUUGAUGACAAUGUGAAAGAUUUUAUUGAUGUAGAGAAUGGCGAUAAGGUUGAUGAGGGGCAAGAGAACUCUUUUAGCAUGGAUAAUACACAUAUUAAUGGUGUUAGAGGACCUGGAUUUGUUGAUAGAAAAGGAAGAUUUUUCCAAACAAAUAAUAAAAGAAAAGGUAAUGGAGAUACGGAUGGUGGGUCUUUUAUGCCAAACGUUGUUGUCACGAGAGGUGUCGCUGAAAAGAAAUGUAAUCCGGUGAUGCCUUCUACAGUUAUGGAGGAUGGUUGUGAGCUGCAGGGUGAUUCGCCCCAUUAG